GUGUCAGGGCUCUACAGCUUCGCGCAGCUUAAAGCCCUGCCAAACCGCAGCAAGAUCCCCACUCUGGCAAGCAAGAGCAUUGUGAAGCACAGUGUGCGGCCCAGCAGGUUUUGGAAUCCCGGGACGAGUGUGGCGCUGAGUGCCCCUGGAGCGCAGCAGCUAUUUUGGGCGCAGGUGGAUACGAAGAAGCUGUUUAAUGGGCAGUGGGUGAAGGCAUAUGUUUUUGACUGUGUUCUUGUUCCCAACUAGUGCAAAGCAAACACAUGCCGCAUAGCGGACCCUGUGUUUCCCCUGAAUUGCAUGUGCACGUGUGUUGGACAGGACACGUGUGGUGCUUGGUGGGCCUGGAGCGCAGUUGUCCCCUGAAGACACAUGCUAUAGACUUUCCUCUUGUCCAUUCUUACUCAGUGCAUAGUGAUACAGACAUUGUACAUGUCAUUCCCUACAUGUUAUGGCAUAUGUCACAAUUGACACUUUUUUCAUGGCUGAUGUGAAGAAGGCCGGGUGGAACGCGCAGAAAUGCCCGCCCGGUUUGAACAAGGAGCUCGCGGGCGCGUGCACACCGAAGAAUUGCUCCAAGGGUGGGAUCGCCGCUAAGUGGAAGACGGCGUAUUUGCAGAAAAACAAGCUCGGUUACGAGCUGUACGUGCCUGGUAACCCGCUGACGCUGCUCAAGGCGAACCCCGCGUCGUGCUGCAACACAGUGCAACCCUAGCGCAAAGAUCCUCAACGACCCGCAUCUGGUUGGCGCGCACGGCACGCACUUCGACUUCAACGGCCGCCCCGACAAGGCCUUCUGCCUGCUG